GAAAAUGAACCGAUUCAUUCUUGCUGCUUUCCUUCUGGUUGCCAUAUUUGCGGUGUCUGAGGCUGCAGUUGCUAAGAAGAAAGUUAAGGAAGGAGAGUCGCUUGUCAUCGACUCUUUCGAGAAUGGCCAAGGAAUCGUGAGAACUGUUGCCGCUGGAGAACAGACUUUCCACUUCAACGGACCUGAGAAGGGUGCAUUCCUUGAUUCGGACUGGAAAGAGGUUGACCCAUCCAACUAUCAAAUGGGUUCUUCUCAUCAAAAAAUUCACCAAGGCUGACGUUGGACUCUACACCGAGAAACCAAAGAUUGACAGCCACAACCCGUCUGGAUCCUACUCUGCAGGAGGACUCACUCUUGAUAUCUCACUUGAAUGAACAAAGUAAUCUGAAU